CAACCGAAACAACAACAAAGUUCAUUCAAGCGUCCWGUGGCGAACGCAAACGCAAACAAUCAAUCACAAAGGUCGCACACAGUAUUGUAUUGCAUCGCUUCGGAGUUGGGGCGCCUGGAGCUUAAGGUUUUUCUUCCUUGCACGCGAUCCACCAGCGUCAGAGCAUGGGCGGAUCGACGGGAAACUAUUCAGGUGGAAGCAGUGCCGCGUAUCCUCCUUCGCUCUACGAUACUUCCGUCUCUUCUGCAUCGGGAGGAAGACCCUCUCGGCAAAAUACCCCGGCACACAGCAGCGUUGGUCGCCAGCAACAAGAAUAUUCCAGGAUGCCGAACUCUUAUGCGAACCAUCACCAGCAACAAAGAGGCCGCCACGYCUCUCCGAAAUCGUCCCGUUCGAUGAACACGAAUUAUUCCGAUUACCCUCACCGACGUGAUUAUGCGAGCAUGAGCGAUCCGGGGGGAGGUUCUCGAUUGGAGCACACACAGGACCAGUACCACCACGCGCAGAGCGAAUACGCUCGCUCGGAGAUUGUGUCGCCMUCGUCCUCCUACUACGAGUCACAAGAGAGGUUCCGCAAUCCGGCACGCCGGUUCCAACACAGCAGCAGCUGGCAACACCAAUCGGCAAAAUCGCAGUCGCCCUCGUCGCCACCUCGGAGGGGGUUGCCCCCGCAUCCCUAUCAUCCGCAUCAAUACAGUUCGCACAGCGCGCGGAGAGAACGUUCCUUUGACGAAACGUACCCGUCGUCGCCAUCCCACCACGAGUCCCACCACGAGUCCCACCACGAGCGAUCGUCGGUGGAUACGUCCCAGUCGUCGUCCGUUAGGGACCUCAAAAAACAACUAUGGGACCAGGACGAAGUAUUGCAGGUACGGAUCCCACCGUCGCCGCAGCGAAUAAACCGGACGAAGCAACCAAUACCGGGGUCGCCGGUGCGAGAAUCGGGGAGGCGAUCCUUGCACCAGCAAUCGCACCAGAGAGGACCGUCUUCUGCCUCAAACGAGGUUUCCCGUUUUGCCCGAUCUCUCUCGCCGCGCCGUUAUCAACACCACCAGUCGUCGCACACUGCAAACAACAAUGCCUCUCCCCAGAUUCACAUGGCCGGCAGCAACAUCAGCGACACGUCCUACAACAACAGAUUUCAUUCCAAGUUUUACGAGGCCGCAAUGGUUGCCCAGCAUCGUGGCGAAGAGCAGGCGGAAUCGCCGCUUCCUWSCAAUAAGUACCCGCAGCAUCGUCGGCACAGGUCGGCAUCUUCCCGGCCUUUCGACGAAGAUGGCCCGGACCAACACGCACACGAAUACCAGAAACGUCGCAAUCACUCAGCACAGGCGUCACCACCACUGCCCGGUGCAUCGAAUCGAAACAUUUCUCCGGGGAAUGCUGGAGACUAUUAUAAAAACGGCGGGCAUGGUUUCACCAGAAAGGAAAGCAAACACGACAACAAUGCCAGAAGACCUCCGAGAAUGACCCCGUCGCCGCCGCCACCGUCUUCUCCAAUCAGAAGGAGCCAUGRACGCGACGAYAGACGAGCGAGUAGGGGAAGGAGCAGGGACGCAUCGCAGCCCAAAAGCAACGAUCGAAAGAGCAUCAGAAGGGUGCGAACUCCUUCGCCACUUAUUCUAGAACGAAUGCGAUCGUUCGACAAUGAAUACCACAGCGAUCACAAUCGCGAAUCCGGAAUCCCAAGUGGCCGGGAUCGAGGCCACAAGAAUUAUGGUGCGGACCGCMACAACGACUACCCUGCGAAGGAUUUUCGGAACSCGAUGGAUCGCAACGAGAGACGACACGAUGGUCACCAGAACGCCAUCGCCGGACGUUAUAGGGGAAGUAGCAACAUUGCAGACAAGGAGAUCCUACGAAACCAACCCGGCGCUGGCAGAGCAACCAGUUCUUUUCGCAAGGACAGCGGCAACGAUCGUUCGAAAGACAGAAACGUUGUGGCUAUCGACAGGGACCAAAUGCCGGGGGGAUCCCGACCGAGGCAACAACACUCCCCUCGAGAAACAGUGCGCGACGACGCCGGCGGUGUUGAGGACGACAUCGGCGGUGUUGAGGACGACAUCCGGGUGGCGCACCUCGUUGACAAAUUGAGUGCCAUCAGCAGGGAAAAUCCGGAAAGUGCUCUCGCACAGAUCGACUCAAUCUUGCGGCAAGAAAGUCGCAGUUUCCACGCACGUACCGUUGACAACACUCGCGGUGUCGGCAGGGCAGGGGACAGCAGCCAGCGGCGUGCACAAAAACUUGCCAAAGAUCCACUCUCGAAACGAAGACAGGACGACGACGCUAUUGGAGAUAGAGAUGCUAUAUACAACAAUGACGACGACGACAACGACGAMGACGAUGAUGAAUCAUCUGAUGUCUCCUCUUUAACAAACCCAACAUUCCAACCAAAUUCGUCCAGACCGGUGUAUCCCACAAUGUUAGAUUCAGCGUAUGCAACCGAGACCGAGCACUACAAACUCCACAGUACAGCCCCGAGCAACAAUCCCGGUUCCAGGAAUACCGGCAUCAAUCACACAAACACAUCUCCUUUCACACCUUCUACCUCGUCUUUUCGUCGUCCGCGUCCUUCCCAUUUGCAUAACUACUCAAACCAACCGACACCCUCUCCGCCAGAAAAACCAAURAGCAGAUCCGAACUGAAACGUCAACAACUUCAAAAGUAUCCUCCGCCGUCUACCAUCAAGGUGAAGGACGACGUGCUGAACACCGAGAUUGCUCGAACAGCGUCAACCGACAUGCGGGAGAGAAUGUUGGAAAGAAACCAGUCGUCUCGCACGAAGAAAGAAACAAAAUCAUACGGUGAGCAAGAAGGCAAAGCGAUGGAAGAAGGACCGAAGAACAAACUAGGCACGUUCAUGACGGAAAAACAGGCACUAGCCCAGAAACUCCGUGGCUGGGACGAACUGAGCAACCAGGUGUCGGAAUCUCGAUCGGAGCAGGAGAGGAACGCUCAGGGCCGCAAGACUGCCGGGAGAGGAACAGAGGCCUCGUCUGAGUUCCAAAAAAACACCUCUAGACGCCAUCCGUGGGACAACAAGAUGGAUUUGAUUCAAACAAAGGACACAUCCAACGAAGGGGAAGUCGGAAUAGAACUGGAAAUGGACGACACAGAGGAUCAUUACGCACGCGACACUCCCGGAACUUCAAGAAACAGAUCUGAUGAUGACAUUCAAAACAGACAUUUUGAAGACGCGCGGAACAGCAUCCGGAGCAGAAACCACAAAAAUCCUUUCGACGACCACGGUUCUGAUAGAACAGAGAAUGAUGCGGACGUGAGUGCUCACUUUCCCGACAUCUCUUUCUCGGUGGAAGGCAGUAACUCGAACACGAUGCCGAAGGUAAAUUCUUCGCUGGAAGGUGUUCCCCAAUUCCACCCAAACAACGAGGAUCUCUCGAGAAACGAAGGAAAGAAACGCCAUGGAAAAGGCUCGRGCGAGAUGGACAACUCCUGGGUUGCGAAUCCGUCGUCCUCCAUCAUUCCAAACKUCGACGAUCGUUUGAAGCCCGCGAGUAACGAAAAGCCUCGGGCGAAAGUGCGUUCGCCUGGAAGGCAGCCUUCCACGCCAAAAGAUCCUUCGGAUCUAUCGGAGCAUUCAGCUCUCGAGACCGGGCACGGUGGCAUCGAGUGGUCUCUGGACGAUGCYAACCAUCUGACAAGCCGGAAUCUGUUGGGAACUGCUGAAUCCCGAUCUAUUGGAAUGCUGGCGUGCAAGACCAUYGGAAACAAGGAAUUGCAGCGGAAGGAGAAGAAACCUGGAUUCUUGCGUGCCUUUAUGGACAAGAAAAAGAAGAAAGCGACGGGCACCGGCUCGGCSGCAUCCGCAGCGGUGGGAAGUGUGGGAGGACUCAGUGCUUCUGUAGAGAGUCGUGGUGUCAGAAGCGCGUCCCAGAUCCAUUCUCCAAGGAACGCGACGAACAUUCGUCUUCUUCCUGCCCCGUAUGGGGUUUUUGAAUCCAAGAACGACUCUGCAAAGCAGCGCGGUCGAACGGGGAACCGAAGUGGCUCCGCUCCGAGGCACCGGUCGGGAUCGUCGGAAAAAUUCCGGAGCAGCAGCAUGGCCAAAAAAUUCAACCGUGUGAUGCAAUUAUACGACACGGAGGAAAUGUGAAGGCUCGGUUCCCGUAUUGCGACGCAGGUUUGAUUGCUGCCGACAGGGGUUGUUUCUCUAASURCUAUUACUMUCGAAGAAUGAUGCUAACCUUUCAAUAURYAGGGGACUUGAAUCGAUAGUG